CAACGCGCAUGCGCACACCACCCAGCGUCUUCCACAUGGGUGUAAGUUGGUCCAUCCUCCAUGCUCCUGUCAUUACUACUAUCACCGCUCCAUCUUAAACGUACACCUUUUGUUGUAACGACCCACGUCUUGGACUCACGGGGUGGACGCCAUCCCAACUUUAAAAUUCCAGAAGGAACCUUUAACUGCAGACGCUUCACCCAUGGCUGUGAUCAGGUUCUAUGGUGAUGAGGUGAAGGGGCGCAGCAUCCAGCGGGCGGCCAAGCUCUUCCCACAGCUGUCAAUCACCACGGAGCUUUGCUACAACGUAGAGCUGACAGGCUGCGACAAUCUUAGCGCAGAACACAAGAAGAUUCUCCUCUGGUUGUUUCAACCUCCACUGCAGGCAGAACUGCUGUCUGAGACACCAAAACUCAAAGAGGCCAGUGAGGCCAAACUAGUGGAGAUCGGACCAAGGCUGAACUUCUCCACGGCAUGGUCCACCAACGCUGUGUCCAUCUGCCAGAGUGCAGGCCUCAAGGAUGUGACACGGGUCGAACUGUCUCGAAGGUUUCUUAUCAAGCCAAAGGAGGGUGCUAACAUGGACGACAUGAAGACGCUAAUAGACUUCCUGCACGACAGCAUGACGGAAUGCAUCUACGAGUUUCCCAUCACUUCCUUCGCCGUGGAUGCCAAACCACAGCCCGUCUUUGCGGUGGACAUCCUGGGAAAGGGACGGGAAGCGUUGGAGAAGGCCAACGACGAGCUGGGUUUGGCAUUUGACUCCUGGGAUCUGGACUUCUACACCUCCAUGUUCCAGAGGAUUCAAAGGAAUCCUACCAGUGUGGAAUGCUUUGACCUGGCCCAGUCCAACAGUGAGCACAGUCGUCACUGGUUCUUUCGAGGCCGCAUGGUGAUUGACGGCCAGGAGCAAGAGGAGACACUCUUCAAGCUCAUCAUGGACACGCAGAAGCUCAGCAACCAGAACAACGUUAUCAAGUUCUGUGACAACAGCAGUGGCAUCAGAGGAAUGAAGUUGGAGUGCAUGUACCCUAAAGAUGCAUCCCAAGCCAGUCCGUAUGAGAAGCGUCACACGCUGCGGCAUGUCAUCUUUACUGCUGAGACACACAACUUCCCAACUGGGGUUGCUCCGUUCAGCGGUGCCACCACAGGAACCGGGGGUCGCAUCCGAGAUGUCCAGAGUGCCGGGCGGGGGGGCCACGUCAUCGCCGGCACAGCAGGAUACUGCUUUGGAAACCUGCACAUACCAGGGUACGUCCUGCCCUGGGAGAAUGACGGAGACGGGUGGGAGUACCCGACCAGCUUUGCACCCCCGCUGCAGGUGGCCAUUGAGGCCAGCGAUGGCGCCUCAGAUUACGGCAACAAGUUUGGGGAACCAGUGCUCUCAGGAUUUGCCCGUUCUUUUGGCAUGCGGCUACCCAGUGGGGAGCGACGAGAGUGGAUUAAGCCCAUCAUGUUCAGUGGUGGUCUCGGCUCUAUUGAGGAUGCACAUGUGAAGAAGGAGCAGCCCGAGACUGGGAUGGAAGUGGUGAAAAUUGGAGGUCCGGUGUACAGAAUCGGCGUGGGAGGAGGAGCGGCUUCCUCUGUUCAGGUGCAAGGUGACAACUCCAGUGACCGAGACCUGGGGGCCGUGCAGAGAGGCGACGCCGAGAUGGAGCAGAAGAUGAAUCGGGCGCUGAGGGCGUGCCUGGAACGAAGCAACGGGAACCCCAUCUGCAGCAUACAUGACCAGGGAGCUGGAGGCAAUGGCAACGUUCUGAAGGAGCUGAGCGAACCUGCAGGGGCCGUCAUCUACUGCAGCAGAUUUAAGAAAGGCGACCCCACACUGAGCGUGCUGGAGCUGUGGGGGGCGGAGUAUCAGGAGAGCAACGCACUGCUUCUCCGUCCGUCAGACAGGUCCUUCCUGGAGAGGGUUUGUCAGCGGGAGAAAUGUCCCGUAGAUUUUGUGGGAAACAUUACCGGCGACGGCAAGAUUGUGCUGGUGGAUGACGAGGAUAAAGGUCACGAAGCAGUCAGCGGGGGUCGUCAUCCUGUUGACUUGCAGCUGGAGUGGGUCCUGGGGAAGAUGCCCCAGAAGGAGUUUAAGAUGGAGCAGUUGACCCCAACCCAUCGGCCGCUGCUCCUUCCUGCCCAGCUGACGGUCAAAGACGCCCUGGCCAGAGUUUUACGUUUGCCUGCUGUGGCUUCCAAACGCUACCUGACCAAUAAGGUGGACAGGUCUGUGACGGGUUUGAUUGCUCAGCAGCAGUGUGUCGGCCCCCUGCACACUCCUUUAGCAGACGUGGCUGUUGUCGCUCUGUCGCAGUUCAGCCUUGAAGGCGCGGCCACGGCCAUCGGAGAGCAGCCCAUCAAAGCGCUUGUUAGUCCCGCAGCAGGGGCUCGUAUGGCUGUCGGAGAAGCUCUGACCAACCUGGUGUUUGCCCGAGUCACAGCACUGAAGGAUGUGAAGUGCAGUGGCAACUGGAUGUGGGCCGCCAAGCUGCCUGGUGAGGGGGCAGGUCUCUGGGAGUCCUGCAAAGCCAUGUGUAAGGUCAUGGGUCAGCUCGGGGUGGCCAUCGACGGGGGCAAAGACUCGCUCAGUAUGGCCGCUCGAGUGGGGAAGGAGACUGUCAAAGCUCCAGGAGCGCUGGUUAUUUCCGCAUAUGCGGUCUGUCCAGACAUCAGUACCACUGUCACACCCGAUCUGGAUGAUCCAGAUGGCACAGGCGUCUUGUUAUGGGUUCCCAUCAGUCCUGGCCACCACCGCCUGGGAGGUUCUGCUUUGGCUCAGUGCUACGGUCAGCUGGGAGACUGCUCUCCUGACCUGGACCGGCCACAACUUUUGGCUGCCUGCUUCAAUACCACUCAGACCCUGAUAAACGAUCAGCUACUGAGUGCAGGACAUGAUGUCAGCGACGGAGGCCUCAUUUCCUGCCUGCUGGAGAUGGCGUUUGCAGGAAACCGCGGGAUCAACGUGGACCUGUCAUCACAGGGAGGCGAGGGAGUCAUGGAGCUGCUCUUCAGCGAAGAGUUAGGUCUGGUUCUGGAGGUGUCCCAGUCCGACGAAGAAAACGUGUGCCAGCGAUACCGUGACAACGGUUUGACGUGUCACCAUAUUGGCAGAACCUGUGGCUUUGGUCCAGAAGCCAUGGUGACUGUGCGAGUGGACGGACAGGGAGUGCUAAGUGAACGCUUGCCCUGCCUCCGAGCGUUGUGGGAGGAGACUAGUUUUCAGCUGGAACGCCUGCAAGCCAAUGAGCAGUGUGUUCAGCAGGAAGAGGAGGGGCUAGCCAGGAGAACACAGCCUACUUUUAAAGUGACCUUUGACCCCUCUGAAGUGCCCAUCCCCAAGCAGCCUGCUGCAGGCCAGCCUCGUGUGGCCGUGGUGAGAGAGGAAGGCAGUAACGGCGACAGAGAGAUGUCCGUCUCUCUCUACAUGGCAGGCUUUGAGGUGUGGGACGUCACCAUGCAGGACCUGGGCUCCGCCUCCAUCACACUGGAACCCUUUAAAGCCGUGGUGUUCGUAGGAGGAUUCAGCUACGCCGACGUGCUGGGAUCGGCCAAAGGUUGGGCCGCCACUGUCUCCUACAACGCCGCAGCCAAAGCAGAAUUUGACCGCUUCCGCCACAGAGGAGAUACGCUGAGUCUGGGAGUGUGCAAUGGCUGCCAGCUGCUCGCCCUGCUGGGCUGGGUGGGAGAGGGCCAGGAUGGCGCUGCAUCACAAGUGGUGCUGACCCACAAUCAGUCCGGCAGGUUCGAGUCACGCUUUGUCAGCGUUGGAAUCCAGGCAUCGCCGUCCGUGUGGCUUGCCGGCAUGGAGGGCUCGGCUUUGGGAGUGUGGGUCGCUCACGGAGAAGGUCUGAUGCAAUUCCGCAGCGCUGAAGCUCUGGAUAAGAUCACCUCCGAAGGCCUCGCCCCCAUCCGUUACCUCAAUGACCAGGGGCAACCCACAGAGGACUACCCUCUGAACCCCAACGGCUCCCCGCAGGGCAUUGCGGGGCUCACCUCCAAGGACGGCAGGCACCUGGCCAUGAUGCCCCACCCGGAGCGCUGCACACUGGGCUGGCAGUGGCCGUGGGCCCCGCGGGACUUCAGAUCUGCCCUCAAACAACCUUCGCCGUGGCUCCGCCUCUUCCGCAAUGCUGCUGCCUGGUGCAGCGAUGCACACUAAGAACACAGACAACAUCUUACUGUUACUGCUGUACUGUCUCGUUCCAGCCAUCAGUGUAUUUGUGUUUUUAGGCUGCCUUAAAAACUAGUGAAUGUCCAUGGGAUUUGAACAAGUGCUAUGAAAAAAACAAAUAAAAUCUUUUUUUG